UCAAUUUUUUUAAUCCUGACAUUUAUAAAUUCAAUUCAAUUUUGAACUCAUUUAACCGGAAAUUAACGAUAACAAGAAAAUCAUUCUUUAUCACAAAACAUUCCCACAUUCCCAAAUAGUAAAGUCUUUAUCAAAAUAUCACUAUUCAGACCGCCGGAAUUCUCGUAGUGAUAAUCUUAAUUACCACAAUCAACAUUUCGCAGCAGCCUGUGGGUUGAAAACACGUUUGCAUAAAAUCGCGUGGGUUGAAAACACGUUUGCAUAAAAUCGCGUGGGUUGAAAACGCACGCCGCCCCUAUGCUGGUAGUCUCACCCCCCUCGCCCCCCCGGCCUUCGCUGCACCGAACCCCCAGCCCCCAAAAACCAGCAAGCAAUAACAGCAGCAAGGAGGGAUUCGAGAAUAACAGCAAAGAAGCUCACAACAACAGCAACAAGUCCCCGGCGUGCAUCACCACUAACGGUAACAGUAAUAACAAUAAUAACAUUCAUCGGUCGCCCUCUCCUUCCAUCGAGAGGCUUUAUAAUAACGGCAAAAUAAACGGCACUUCGAAUAAAAGCAACGGCGGCGGUGGGGCUCUUAUUGAGAAUAAGAGUCCGACUUUACGAGUCACAACGUCGCCCGUUAUAGACGUGGGAGUUGUCAACUCCCUGUUGCUGUUGAAACAGCAGCAGUUUCUGAAGCAGCAACAGCUGCUUCAACAGCGACAGCUCUCACCGCCGCUCUCAGUCUUGCCCGCCACCAUUCCGCCAAUAUCCGCCGCUUCUUCACCGCCAACGCAGCAGCAGCUGCACGAAUAUCAGCUGCAGCAGCAGCAAUUGCUGCACGCUGCUUACCACCGCCAGCACAAAACUCAGCAGCAGCAGCAACAGCAUCUGGAGCAACAGCAGCAGCACUAUUACCCACCAACACCCAAACCUGACACCACCAGCACCACGUCCGUCACUAACACUGCUGCCACUAACACCACCAUCACACCACCAUACAACAAACACUCCAUGUCCAGCGACAGCAGCUCAUACCUGCUGCACCAGACACCAGCGACCUCUUCCACCGCCACCGCCACCGUCACCUCCGCCACCAAUAACACCAACAGUAACCCCACACCCCCGCUGUCUACACCACCAACGUCCGUGGGGUUAGGCACGGCUGGGGGGCACCACCCCCUCCUGGGGUAUGUCCCCCACGGCAACAAGAUUCUCUCCCGCAACCUCAACGGCACUCUUGCCCUCACAUCGCAGCCCAGUAACGAGAGCGAGCUGCAGUUGUACCGCGUCCUGCAGCGAGCUAACUUGCUCACCUACUAUGACAUGUUUAUCAGUCAAGGCGGGGAUGACGUGCAGCAGCUGUGCGAGGCUGGGGAGGAGGAGUUCCUCGAGAUCAUGGCACUCGUGGGGAUGGCGGCCAAGCCCCUCCAUGUGAGGCGCCUGCAGAAGGCGCUGCAGGAGUGGGUCUCCAAUCCCCGUGAGUGGCGUCAAGCCUCCCCACUUAUUGCCAUGAGUGGUGAUGGUGGUGUGAGUGGUAAUGGUGGUAUGAGUGGUGACGUGAGUGUCAGUAGUGUGGGUGGCGGUGGUGGUGUGAGUGGUAGUGGUAGUAAUUGUGGUAUGAGUGGUAAUGGUGAUGUGAGUGUCAGUAGUGUGAGUGGUAGUGGUGGUGUGAGUGGUGUCGUCGCGAACAACAUGAGUGGUGCUGGGCGUUAUGCUGAUAGUGGUGUAAACGCAGUGAGUGGCCGAGAUGACAAUGGUGUUGGUGGAUGCGAGAGGCUACCGAGUCUGGUGAGCGGUGGUGUGAAUGAUGCGAGUGUGGUGAGUGGUGGUGUUAAUGGUGAGAGUCUGCACCCUACACGCACCUUAUUAGCAUCCUACACGCACCUUAUCAGCACCCUACACGCAUCUUAUCAGCACCCUACACGCGCCUUAUCAGCAUCCUACACGCACCUUAUCAGCACCCUACACGCAUCUUAUCAGCACCCUACACGCACCUUAUCAGCACCCUACACGCACCUUAUCAGCACCCUACACGCACCUUAUCAGCACCCUACACGCACCCUACAUUCUACACGCACCUUAUCAGCACCCUACACGCACCCUACACACACCUUAUCAGCACCCUACACGCACCUUAUCAGCACCCUACACGCACCUUAUCAGUACCCUACACGCACCCUACACGCACCUCAUCAGCACCCUACACGCACCUUAUCAGCACCCUACACGCACCUUAUCAGCACCCUACACGCACCCUACACGCACCCUACACGCACCAUACACGCACACUACACGUACCCUACACGCACCCUACACACGCUUGCCCUCGCGAGUGUCGAGCUCUAG